GGGUGUAAUUUGGUAUAAGUCGCUGUCAAAGCAGCAUUGAGCUCCUCGGGGUGUGUCCCUUUUGCAUUUGCGUUCAUGCAACUUGUACGGGUGGGCGGGCAUUGCUUCUUCAGAAGUGAUCAUCACAGUCGGGCAUCCAUAGUUCGAGCAUCAUCCGGCCUCCGGAAUCAAGCGUGCCAUAACGGCGCACCCACACACCAGAGAUGGGCCUCCUAAACCGCCUCCGCGUCCCCGCCGCCGGCGGCACCACCGAAAUCCACGGCCGCGACGCCCUGCUCGAAAAUGACGACCUCCGCCCCCUCAAGCUCGCCGACCGCACCUGGACCCAAUGGACCUACUUCACCUUCUGGUUCUCCGCCACCGCCACCGUAUCAAACUGGUACGCCUCCUCCACCGCCCAGGCCCUCGGCCUCUCCAUGUGGGAGUCCCUCGCCUGCGCUUUCGGGGGCCAGUGCCUCAUCGCCGCCAUCAUCACCCUUAACGGUCGGCCGGGCAGCUGUUACCACGUCGGAUACCCCGUCGUCUGCCGGGCCGCGUUCGGCGUCUACGGCGCGUGGUGGCCGACGUUCAAUCGUGCCGUUAUGGCUAUUGUCUGGAAUGGCGUGAAUGCCGUGCAAGGGGGCCAGUGCAUCUACGUGAUGCUCCACGCCAUCAUCCCGGGUAUCGCAAACAUUCCCAACACAAUGGGCGAGGGAUCAGCGCUCACGACGGCGGGGAUGAUUGGCUUCGUCAUCUUCUGGCUCAUCACCUGUGCCUUCCUAGUCAUCCCCGUCCCCAAGAUGCGUGGGCUCGUCUACGCGAAGUUGUGCGUCUUCAUUAUCUCCGCCGUGGCCAUGCUCGCCUGGACGGCCACAAAAGCAGGCGGUCUCGGUCCUGUCGUCCGGCAGGGCGGUACGGCGACGGGGUCGAGGAGGGCGUGGCUCAUUGUGCAGUUCCUGAUGCUCGGCGCGGCCAACUGUGCCACCUUUGCGAGUAACGCUGCCGAUUUCCAGCGAUACGCCAAGAAGAAGAACGAUGUCAUUGUCGGCAACCUCUUCUGUUUCCCCGUGGCCAACUUCAUUGUGGCGGCGGUGGGGAACCUCGUCUGCGCCUCUAGCGAGUUGAUCUUUGGCGAGUUAAUUUGGAACCCAGUGACGCUGCUGGAUAAUCUCCAGACAGCCGAGUAUACGGCGGCCAAUCGAGCUGGAUGUUUCUUUAUUGCCGGUUGCUUCGCGUACUGCUGCAUCUUCAGUUCCAUCUUUGAGAACUCCUUGCCGGCUGGUAACGAUAUCGCGGCCUUGUUCCCCAAGUAUCUCACCGUCCGAAGAGGCUUCUUUGUCUGCGCCGUCAUUUCGUUUGCCAUCAACCCUUGGUUCCUGCUGGGCUCUGCCUCCGUCUUCGUAUCCUUCCUCUCAUCCUACCAAAUCUUCCUCUCCGCCAUCACGGGCGUCCUGCUGGUGAACUACUACAUCAUCGGCCGCGGCCGUAUCAGCAUCCCGGAUUGUUUCACGUCCAUGAAGUCAGGGGCCUAUCACUACUCCCAUGGCUGGAACAUCCGUGCCUACGUCGCCUACAUCGUCGGCAUCGUUCCCAACUUUUAUGGCUUCCUCAAUAAUAUGGGUGUUUCGGCCCCCAUUGGCGUCACAAGGUUCUACUUCUUUGCGUACUGGGUUGGUUUGUUCCUGUCCGGCUUUACCUUUUGGGUUUCCUGCAAGAUCUGGCCGCCUCCGAUCAUGGAAGAGGGAUGGGUUGAGCCCAAGGACUAUGUGAGGCCCGAAGAGCUGGAAGGCGAGGGGCAGAUGAUUGAGGCAGUCGACAUGCCCCAUAGCGGCGAGGUGAUGGACCAUGAAAAAGGUCUUGGUGAAAAAGCGGCGCAGGUGUGGUGUAAUGAACCACAAAGCUGCCGAGAAGGCGACACGACACAUGAGAUAGACCCGUUCAGAUAA